AUGGCAUCGGGAAUUAUCAACUCUUAUACAGCGAACAAAUCGCGAAAGUCCCAUCGAAAGUCGCGUCUGGGUUGUGGAAACUGUAAGCGGCGCAGGGUCAAGUGUGACGAGAAGAGGCCUGAGUGCAGCAAUUGUCAGCGUCACUCUGUAUCAUGCGACUACGCAUCAGAGGAUGGAAGUUCCAGCCGCGAGCUCUCGAGCCCAUACGAUUCUACACCUGAACAACAGAGAGAUGAUUCUCUCACCUUUAUCUCCUCCAGCCAGGCAGACUUCAGGCCUCCUAAGAGAAGGCAUGCCAGGCGUACUGUCCCACCCGCAGAGGACUUGGAGCCACCUGUCUCACAGACGAGCACUGCUGUAGCCAAUAAGCCCUUUGACUUCUCGGCCGCGGACAUGGCCGUAUUCCAUCAUCUUAUGUCUUCAAAAGACCUGGGUGGAUCAAACCAAAUGGCAAUCAGCCAAUAUACCCGGCUCGGAUUCUCCUUCCACUACCUUUUGCACCUACUCCUCGCAUUUUCCAACUUCCAUUUAGCCCGGCACCAAGGCGACGAUCCGCUGCACCAGAUCCUAGGGCAGAGCCGCGACUAUCUUGCUGAAGGAGAACGCCACUACUCGAUAGGUGUCGGUGCGGUCGCUGAGCAGAUACCACAUCUUGGAAAAGAAAACGGCCUUGCACUCUACGCUGCUACCCUCCUCAUCUUUCUCACUUCCGUUGCCAGGGGCCCACAACAGGGAGAGUAUUUGGCGUUCCGCAGUGACGGUCAACCAGGAUCUCUAGCUCUGUUCAUGGGCAUUAGGACAGUGCUGGAGACUUGCUCUGGGAACCUGUCAAUUGACGCCUCCGUGAUGCAUCCGGCAGAGAGCAAAGAUCCCCCCUCGCAAGGGGCCAGCGAACCCCACAGGAGCUGGCGAAGAAGCGCUGAAGUCGCCAGACGAUACGAUAGCGAAUUGCCACAUCUCGGUAACUUGCUCAGCACGUUAGGUCUUGAUCAUGAUGUCCAGGGCUAUCACCAAGUAUUCCACCGCUUGCAGCAUAUUUUCCACUCCCUCUAUGGGUUCGAUUCCAGCGUGGAAGAGUCACAGCUAUGGCCAUAUAUCUUUGGCUGGCUUUAUACCUUGCCCAACUCGUUUCUCACCGCACUGCAACACCGGGAACCCGUGGCGCUAGUCCUGUUUUCAUUCUUCCUUGUCCUUCUCAAAGAGCUUGACUCAACUUGGUUCCUGCGCGACUGGCCGGAACAUAUUAUCGGUGGCAUUUUCUAUAAUUUGGACUCUUCUCAUCGGGAUCAUAUCCGUUGGCCGAUGGAAGUCCUUCAAUGCUCCUUCUAUCCGUGA